CCCCUUUUUAACAUUUCAUCAUCAUCGUUACCUUCUCACACCUCAAUCUCAAUCUCCAUUGAUUGAAGAAGACGAAGAAGAAGAAUGCAGUCGAUCUUCAAUAUCCGCUCCGCCUACGGCCUCCCUCUCUGCCUCUCCGGCGUCACUCGCUUCCAUCACCUUUCUCUCUCUACACAGAUUGCAGAUCAUGAUCGGAGACGGAACGAGAUGAAGCGAGCGAAAACGGAGAACCGAAACGUGAUUCCGGCGGAAGAAAUCGACGGUGAGGUAACAGAAAUUGAAGUAGUUAGGAUCAGAUCACCAGAUCUGAUGAUGUUUAACCUCGAUAAUCAUGAUCAUGAUGAUGAUUGUGAUCGUGAUCAUGAUCAAUCGUCACUUUGUUACUCUGAAUCUUGUGCAGCUAAAGCUGCUUAGGAGUUAGCGGUUGAUUUUUAGGGUUUAGAUCUGUUGUGAAUGAUGUUCGUGUGAUUCGAUCUGUGAAAUUGGAAUCGAAAUCAUGAUGAUGAUGAUGAUACUUUUGUGUUUAUGAUCUUGUGAAUUGUGAUCCAUUUGCAGAUUUGUGAUGUUGAAUUGUCAUUUGUCAGUG